AUGGACCAAGAGCUGAUCUGUAACAACAUAACAGAAGAGAAAGACAAUCUACAAACCAUCUGUCACAAAGUGAUUGAUGAGAUGCACAAACUUCAAACCAAGUACAGGAACCUGACUGAAGAGAGGGACCAGUUACAGAGAGAGAGAGACGGACUCCAGUCAACCGUUUCUCAGCUCGAUGAAUACACUCAGCAGGGAUGGAAGUAUUUCAGCUCCAGUGUUUACUACAUCUCUACUGCGACAAAGACCUGGAGUCAGAGCAGACAGUACUGUGGAGAGAGAAGAGCAGACCUGGUCAUCAUAAACAGUAAAGAGGAAUUUGUUAAAAGACUCAGUGGGGAUAAGACAGCUUUCAUUGGUCUGACUGAUGAUGUCACAGAGGGGAAGUGGAAAUGGGUGGAUGGCACAGCACUGACCACUGGGUACUGGGACAGAGGGCAGCCUGACAGUAAUAGGGGACAUGAUGAAGACUGUGUGAUUAUCCAAUAUGAAAGUUCUCAGGGCCGUUUGGAGACCUGGCAUGAUGUGGCAUGCAAAGGUCAUUAUUACUGGAUCUGUGAGAAGGCUUUAAAAUAA